AUGCCCAGUACGUUUCCACUGAGCUUCCUUGGUCUGCGAUGCCAGCUUUCCUCCCGGGGGGCCGUGGCUGCCGAGGGGAGACGGGUGACCAUUAAGAAUAUCGAGCGAGAGCUCAUCUGCCCGGCCUGCAAGGAGCUGUUCAGCCACCCACUGAUCCUCCCGUGUCAGCACAGCGUCUGCCACAAGUGCGUGAAGGAGCUCCUGCUGUCCUCCAUCGACGACUCCUUCAACGACGUGGCCUCCGACGUGUCCAACCAGAGCAGCCCGCGCCUCCGCCUGCCCUCGCCCAGCAUCGACAGGAUAGACAGGGUCAGCCGGCCAGGCUGGAAGCGCAGCUCUCUGCCGUCCCAGAGCAUCGCCUUUCCCUGCCCGGGCUGCGGGCACGACGUGGACCUGGGGGAGCGGGGCAUCAGCGGCCUCUUCCGCAACUUCACGCUGGAGUCGAUCGUGGAGCGGUAUCGGCAGGCGGCCCGGGCGGCCACCGCCAUCAUGUGUGACCUGUGCAAGCCCCCGCCCCAGGAGUCCACCAAGAGCUGCGUGGACUGCAGCGCCAGCUACUGCAACGAGUGCUUCAAGAUCCACCACCCGUGGGGCACGCUCAAGGCCCAGCACGAGUACGUGGGCCCCACCACCAACUUCAGGCCCAAGGUUUUGAUGUGCCCAGAACAUGAGACGGAGAAAAUCAAUAUGUACUGUGAGCUGUGUCGGAGGCCCGUGUGCCACCUGUGCAAGCUGGGCGGGGUCCACUCCAACCACCGGGUGACCACCAUGAGCUCGGCCUACAAGACCUUGAAGGAAAAGCUUUCCAAGGAUGUGGAUUACCUCAUUGGUAAGGAGAGCCAGGUGAAGAGUCAGAUUUCGGAACUGAACUUGUUAAUGAAAGAGACGGAGUGCAACGGCGAGAGGGCGAAGGAGGACGCCAUGGUGCACUUCGAGAAGCUGUUCGACAUCCUGGAGGAGAGGAAGUCCUCGGUGCUGAGGGCCAUCGAGGCCUCCAAGAGGCUGCGGCUGGGCAAGCUGCAGACGCAGGUGGAGGAGCACCAGGGGCUGCUGGAGAGCAGCGGGCUGGUGGGCUACGCCCAGGAGGUGCUCAAGGAGACCGACCCGUCCUGCUUCGUGCAGACGGCCAAGCAGCUCCACCUCAGAAUACAGAAAGCCACGGAGUCUCUGAAGACCUUCAGGCCCGCUGCCCAGACGUCGUUCGAAGACUAUGUGUUGAACACCUCCAAGCACACCGAGCUCCUCGGAGAGCUGUCUUUCUUCUCGAGCGGGGUGGCCGUGCCGGAGAUCAGCGAGGAGCAGAGCAAGGUUUACAACAACGCCCUGAUCAACUGGCGCCAGCCGGGUGGGGACGAGGCGGACAGCUACGUGCUGGAGUACCGCAAGGUCAGCCGGGAGGACGACGUGCUGGCGUGGGACGAGGUGGAGGUGCUGGGCACCAGCAAGGUGGUCUCCAACCUGGACAGCAACGCGCACUACGCCUUCCGCGUGCGCGCCUACCGCGGCUCCAUCUGCAGCCCGUGCAGCCGGGAGCUGGUCCUGCACACGCCGCCCGCGCCAGUUUUCAGCUUCCUCUUCGACGAGAAGUGCGGCUACAACGCGGAGCACCUGCUGCUGAACCUGAAGCGGGACCGGGUGGAGAGCCGGGCGGGGCUGGCCACGCUCCUGGAGGCCGAGCGCAUCCAGACCGGCCACCACGCCAGCCUGGACUACAUCGUGGCCGACGCGGGCAUCGCCAAGGGCCGGCACUUCUGGGCCUUCCGCGUGGAGCCCUACUCCUACCUGGUGAAGGUGGGCGUCGCCUCUCUCGACAAGCUGCAGGAGUGGCUGCACUCGCCACGCCAGGCCCUCAGCCCCAGGUAG